ACGCACCGCCAUAAACCACUGUGGGCCCCAACGGCGAAUCCCAAAAGAAGACCCCAAAACAAAAUCAAAAAACGCACCGUUUGUACCAUCAAAUUCUCUCUCUCUCUCUCCCUCUCACUCCUAUGGUGGCUGAAAGCUAAACCCUAGACGAUGAACAAGGCCGAGUCUCCAACGAAAAAAUGCUUUCGACAACUACAACAACAAUAGCAACAGCUACAGCUACAACCAUUCACCAUCUGCGCAUGUUAGCACGUACCACUCCUUUUAAGAUUCUCAUUCUCGUUCUCUCUCUCACGCCGCCGCCAUGUCUAGACUUUUGAUAUUUCGAAAUAUAAAGAAAGUUGCGAAUUCGGUUCUUAGAAACCAAGGGAGGAAUUAUCCAGAAGUAAUUAAGCACACGGGUAUUUCUACGGUUGGGCUGCAUCUACCACAAUACAAUUUAUACUCGUAUAAUAGGUUUUCAAGUAGGGGGAAUGCUUCAUUAUCAUUGUAUAACACCAACAAGAGUUUUGGCCGCAGUUGUUUACACAGGAAUUACUCUGCCGUCUCUGCAAGUAGGAUAGUAACAAAUCAUGCCCAGGUUGCUUGGAAAAGGCUUCACCAAAUAUAUUCUUCCAAUGGUCAUUCUUUUACCCACUUAAAUAGGAUUGCUCAAGCAGUAAGCUUGGCCUUGACACGCUCUCACUUGCUAGUUCCUGGUAUUUUUGCCUUCACAUGUGGACAGCUAGCAUGGGCCCAGAAAACAUUGGCAGACACAGAAUACUACCCAUCACAGAACAGUUUGUAUAUGCGUGCACAAGAUGGGCAUGCAUAUAUGACCUCAUUACUGUUCUCAGUAGUAGAAGGUGUAAUAUUGUUCCUGAGAGCCCUCUAUUUAUCAAUUUUGUUUUCACCCAGCAUCAUGAUGGCACCAUUUGCAGAUUCUUUUGGACCUCAGUUUAGAAAAAUGUGGCUUCAGGUUGUUCAUCGGACGCUUGAACAAGCGGGUCCUGCAUUCAUAAAAUGGGGACAAUGGGCAGCUACUCGACCAGAUCUUUUCCCUAGAGAUUUAUGCAUCAAGCUUUCAGAGCUUCACACCCAAGCUCCUCGACAUAGCUUUGCCUAUACAAGGAAAAUUAUUGAAAGAUCAUUUGGUCGCAGGCUCUCUGAAAUUUUUGAGAAUUUUGAAGAGGAACCUGUGGCAUCUGGAAGUAUUGCCCAAGUGCAUCGAGCUUCUUUGAGAUUUAGAUACCCUGGUCAGCAGGCGAAACCCAUGGUAGUUGCAGUAAAAGUUAGACAUCCUGGUGUUGGUGAAUCAAUCAGGAGGGAUUUUGUGAUAAUGAAUUUGGUAGCAAAAAUUUCACAGUUCAUUCCUACUCUGAAGUGGUUGAGGUUGGAUGAAAGUGUACAGCAGUUUGCAGUUUUCAUGAUGUCUCAAGUAGACCUUGCGAGGGAAGCUGCUCAUUUGAGUCGAUUUAUUUAUAAUUUCCGUAGAUGGAAGGAUGUUUCAUUCCCUAAACCAGUGUAUCCACUUGUGCAUCCUGCAGUCUUGGUUGAAACUUAUGAGCAAGGGGAAAGUGUUGCACACUAUGUUGAUGGGCUUGAAGGACAUGAACGUAUUAAAUCUGCGCUUGCUCAUAUUGGGACUCAUGCACUUCUAAAGAUGCUUCUGGUGGACAACUUUAUUCAUGCAGACAUGCAUCCUGGAAAUAUCCUUGUACGGGUACCCCAGAGCAAGUCUCGUCGAAAAGGGCUCUUCAAAACAAAGCCUCAUGUCAUUUUCCUUGAUGUAGGCAUGACUGCUGAACUUUCUCAAAGUGAUCGAGUAAACUUGGUGGAGUUUUUUAAGGCUGUUGCCCGUCGAGAUGGCCGCACUGCAGCAGAGUGCACACUGAGAUUAUCAAAACGACAAAACUGCCCAAAUCCCAAGGCUUUUAUCAAGGAAGUGACAGAUUCAUUCACUUUCUGGGGUACUCCAGAAGGUGAUUUUGUCCAUCCUGCCGAGUGCAUGGAGCAAUUGCUUGAGAAAGUUAGGCGUCAUAAAGUCAACGUUGAUGGCAAUGUCUGUACUGUGUUGGUAACAACAUUGGUUCUUGAGGGUUGGCAGCGUAAACUUGAUCCUGCAUACAAUGUGAUGCACACACUGCAAACACUUCUACUCAGAGCUGACUGGGCAAAGUCUCUUUCCUACACAAUUGAGGGGCUGAUGGCCCCAUAAAAAGGUUCUUAUAUGUUGAUGCUCUUGAAAACAAUUUUGACAAUGCUGAAACCUAAUGGUAUACCAGUCCUAAGAAUAUACAUGAUUGUCUUAGGUUUCUUUUGUAUUUUUUUCCUGCUGCCUUUUUGAAAAAUUUUGUUUUUCUCCCAUUCAUUUUGUGAAGGUCUUAUCCUUCUGUAUUUAACUUGUUAUUUACCCCGGCAACUGCUGUUAACUCAAGCCUCACAAUUGUCAAGCAGAUACAGAAAAAAUGAGUAAUAUAAAGAAAAUAAAAUGGUUAUUUGAAAUUCUUUCA